CUGGGCAAGACAGUAGUCAAUUUAUUGACCAUGAAAGCUUUUGUCGCUCUAAGUUUAUUUGUGGCCGUGGCCUCGGCCGGCGUUAUGCCACCACUCCAACAACGCCUUCCAUUGGUCCCGGUUAUGCCCAUGGAAGAAUUGGAAGGUCGUAUUACCAACGGUGAAUUGGCCAAGGCCGGUCAAUUCCCCUACCAAGUUGGUUUGAGUUUGGUGUUCGGUAACCAGGGUGCCUGGUGUGGUGGUACCUUGAUUUCUGACCGUUGGAUCCUGACCGCUGCCCAUUGUACCGAUGGUGCUGAUGGUGUUACCGUCUACUUGGGCGCCAUUGACAUUAAGGACGACAACGAAAAGGGUCAACAACGCAUCUACACCUCCAAGUCGAACAUUAUUGUUCACGAACACUGGGAUCCCAGCACCUUGAGCAAUGACAUCUCCUUGAUCAAAUUGCCCGUUGUUGUGGAAUUCAAUGAACGCAUCCAACCCGCUGCUUUGCCCAAGAUGGACGGUCACUACUCGACCUAUGAAGGUGAUAUGGUUUGGGCCUCCGGCUGGGGUAAGGACAGUGAUGCCGCCACCUCUGUUUCCCCAUUGUUGCGUUACAUCGAAGUCCCAGUCAUGAAGUUGAGCACCUGCAAGACCUACUAUUUGGGUAUGGUUACCGAAAAGAUGAUUUGUAUCAGCAGCAAGGGUGGCAAGUCCACCUGCAAUGGUGACUCUGGCGGUCCCUUGGUUUACAAGCACGAUGGUGUCAACACCGUUAUUGGUGCCACCUCCUUCGGUAUUGCCUUGGGUUGCGAAAAGGGCUGGCCCGGUGUAUUCACCCGUGUCACCUCCUACUUGGACUGGAUCGCCGAGAAAUCUGGCGUUGUCAACAAAUAAAUGGUAUAAACUCGUUGAUUACUCGUAAAAAUAAAUCGUUUGAAUUAAAA